AUGUCACACAGAUGUUUUACAGAUUCAUUAAAAAACACUUUUGUUUCCGCAGUGGGCAGGAAUUCCCACUCAUUCAACUCUUUAAAUCUAUUUAUUAAUGGAUCUAUGAAAAACAUUAUAUUUCCAAACUAUCAUUUGAAUCUUAUCAAACAAUGGAAUGUACCGUACUGUCGGAUUCGUACUUUUCAUUUUAAUAAAGACAUUUUCAAAAACACUGGUGUACAUUUUCUUAAAACGUAUUCAACUCAAAAUGCAUGUCGUACAAACUUUGGAUACAGAAACAAAGAAGCAAUACAAUGGUUAAAAAAAAGUAUACGAAAUUCUAAAAAUGCCCCUUUUGUUUCCCUAGCACUUCUCAGCUUACCACUAGGAUUUCUAUUAGUGAAUUGGGAUCUUGUUAAAAAACGUGUAGGAAAACAGGGGGCAGACGUUGUUCAAGAAAGUAUUAAAAGUAAACAUUUACAAUCGACGGCUGUCACUGUUUCCAAAUUAUUACUUCAAGAACUUCUUCAAGAUGAAGAUCUCAUCCAAUGGACUGCCAAGUGGGUCGCCCAGAUCGCUCGAACUUCCAAAAAAGAAUUAUUAAACAUUUUAUGGGAUUAUUUCAAUUCGCAAGAAUUUUGGGUUUUAUUAUACACUUUAAGUGAAAGGCUUAUAACAAAUCUUUGUAACUCUUUGUCCAUUCAGCAAGAAACCGCUAAACUUUUGAUUGCCAGUUUAAAACGAGAUGAAGUAAAAGAGGCUGUUUUCCAUUGGUUAUCGGAAUUUUUGCAAUCAGAGCAAGUUAUCAAACAAGCUGAAAUAUUAAUUGAUAAAGUAUCAAGAAAUUCUGCAGUUCAAAACAGCACAGUACAGCUGUCCAACCAUAUAGUAGAAGAAGUCCUCAAAGAUUCUUCUACUUUGGAAGCAUCAUGCGAGCAUGUUUUAAACGUCGUUCAAAUGGAAUCCGUACAAAAUUUGUUAAGCUCAACGUUUCGCUCUAUUUUAAAAAAAGCACUCGUGCCUCAAUGGUCCACAUUAUUAACAUCCACUGUUGAGCCCAAACCCUCGAAUCAAAAUCUAACAAUAGAUAAAUCACAUAAUAAUAACAAUUCAGGUAUUUCAUAAUUUUUUUUUAAAUAAGCCACGAUGAAGCGAAUGAAUAAAAUGUAAUUUUUAACUCUUUAAUACAACAUGAAUUAUUUCCUUUUUGGUUCAAUUCGCGGUCUCACAAUAUUCGAAUAAAUUAACUUCAAUUACUUAUUUACCAGUGUUUUUUAAAAUUUAGCAUUUUUUUUUGUAUGUUUUUUUUUAAAUAAUCUCAAAUUCAUGACGAUUUCGUGUUCUAACAAUGAAAAAAUUUUAU